AUGGCCCCGAAAUCACGACACCCAACACCAAGCAUUCUCACUCCAAGUCACUCCUCUCACUGCUGGCUCAAAGAAUCCGGAGCGGUGGGCUUGAAUGCCCUGGAGCUUGCCAAUUUCCAAGUCAUUGGGCGCGGUGUCAGAACACUGCGGUGUUUCAAGGAAGGAGAAAGGAUUUUCACCAUUCCAGCCGACGUUCUCUGGACAGUUGAACACGCAUAUGCUGAUUCUCUUCUUGGGCCAGCUCUUCGCUCUGCACGGCCACCCUUGUCUGUUGACGACACCUUGGCUAUGUAUAUUCUCUUUGUCAGAUCGCGCGAGUCAGGGUACGAUGGCCCGCGAAGCCAUUUGGCGACGCUACCUAAGAGCUACUCUUCAAGUAUCUUUUUUACUGAUGAUGAGUUGGAAGUCUGUGCUGGAAGUUCACUGUACGCUCUCACGAAGCGGCUGGGGCGAUGCAUCGAGGAUGAUUACAGGGCAUUAGUUGUGCGACUGCUUGUCCAGCAUCAAGAUCUUUUUCCACUUGAUAAAUUCACCAUCGAAGAUUACAAGUGGGCGCUCUGCACCGUGUGGAGUCGGGCGAUGGAUUUUGUACUGCCUGGUGGAAAAUCGAUUCGACUUAUGGCACCCUUCGCGGAUAUGUUAAACCACUCAUCCGAGGUUAGGCAGUGUCACGCCUACGAUCCCUUGUCUGGAAACCUCACUAUCCUUGCGGGGAAAGACUACGAAGCUGGAGAUCAGGGGGUUUUCUUUCAGGUGUUUAUCUAUUACGGAUCUAUUCCAAAUAAUCGCCUUUUACGUCUCUAUGGCUUCGUCAUGCCCGGUAAUCCUAACGACAGCUAUGAUCUGGUUCUUGAAACGCAUCCGAUGGCGCCAUUUUUUGAGCAGAAGCGUAAGCUCUGGGACUUGGCUGGAUUUGAUUCGACCUCUACCAUCAGCAUCACUCUCACCGAUCCGCUACCGAAAAAUGUCCUUGGAUACCUCCGUAUUCAGCGAUCGGACGAAUCGGAUCUCGCCAGCAUAGCGCGUCAGCGAAUCGAUCCUAAAUACGAGAAAAUCAGCGAUUCGAACGAAGUGGAAGUUUUGCAGUCUCUGAUAGAAUCGUUCUGCGGCCUUCUGGAUAGUUUCGGAACUCAACUGGAAAGCCUAGAAAAACAACUCGCGGAGGGCGUCUAUCCUUCGCGAGGGAAUGCAUGGGCGGCGGCGCAUGUUAGCUUGGGCGAACAGCAGGUGUUGAGAUUGGCGAGAAAGAGAGCGGAGGAUAUGUUAGCGGCGGUGGAGAGUGGAAGUGGCAAUGAAAAAGGUUCUUUACCGGCGCCGGCGCCGACACCAGCGCGAUGCGCGAAUUGUGAAAAGGACUUUGUGCGGUUGAUGUUAUGUAUUGCGGACGGACGUGUCAGGUCACUCAUUACAAAGAGCACAAGGCAAGAUGUCAACAUACAGCUUCUAAAAACAGUUCUCAGAUGA